GUCAGCCGCCCCAAGCCUUUCAGCCUCAUUAACUGCUGCUCGUCUCGUCGUGACGCGACAAUCGGCGCUGCCACCGCGAGCUUCCAAUUCCACCAUCACCCACCUUCAACCAAACCUUGUCGCAACCGACCCUGCGCCGCUCGGAUCUUUCCACCAUGAGAUUUUUCAUAUUCCAACUUUGAUUCGACCCAUCGUAAGCCAGUUGACGAUAUUUUCUACAACCAAUCGAUGCAAAACCCAACACCCAACUAGCCCGUCGAUUUUAUUAACCAAACGCGCCGCCGAUUCGAGGCCAUCAACAAUCGACCCGCAGCACCUCGGCUUCUGUCGUUCGAAGUCCACCAGUGAACACUCGAGUUCUGCGGCGCCAUCACGACAGCCAGAAUGGCUUCAACCUACGCCAAUGGCUCCCUCAAUGGGGCCGCCAACGGACUGGCUACCCAUGCCCCUACAAGCAGGCGCUUUGCCGACAUCCCUCAAACGAUCGAUAUUCCCGUACAAGACUCGGCCCAAGACCAAGAUGAGGACCCCCAGGCUGUCGAAGUAAACCUCGAAGAGCUCGCCGAUGACCCGACCGAACUGUGCACCCUUCUCGAGAUGGAGCAUGCUGCCCGCACCUACUGGAUGACGGUGGCUCUUGCCUAUGCCAAGCAGAAAAAGGUCGACUUUGCCAUUGAGAUACUCAGCCGCGGUGUAGUUGCCAUGCAGAGCAAUCAGCGCGAAAAACUGACGGUUAUCACCUGUCUGUGCUGGAUGUACCUGUGGAAGAGCAGAGAGGCCCCAAGAGUCGCCCCCGAGGGCACCGACGCUAGGACGAAGGAGUAUUACUUGCAGCAGGCCACACAGAGCUUGAACGACGCCUCGAGGCUCAACCCCGCUUUCCCACCGCUGUUCUUGGCCCGCGGUGUUCUUCUUCUGCUCAAGGCCUCCCUUCAAAGUCCCAGUCAGGACCCCAACGGUGUCGACGUCCAGAAGAGCGAACAUGUGCGCAAUGCGCUCAAGUCAUUCGAGGAGGCCAUCAGGGUGUCGCACGGGAAGAACAUGCUGGCCUCGAUGGGCAAGGCGCGGGCGCUUUUCUCGCUGGCCAAGUAUCAGGAAUCACUGGCCGCCUACCAAGAUGUCUUGGCCAAGAUGCCAGACCUCGUUGACCCAGACCCGCGCAUUGGUGUUGGGUGCUGUCUUUGGCAGCUAGGCUACAAGGAUGAUGCGAAGGGAGCUUGGGAGAGAUCACUGGAGAUCAGCCCAGAUUCCAAGAUUGCCAAGAUCUUGCUUGGCCUCUACUACCUCGAUGCGAGUAGCCAAGUACCAACCAACAGCCCGGAGUUCCUCCGAUAUUACAAGAAAGCCAUGACCGAGUACACCCAAGACUCAUUCAAGCGCGACAAGAACCUCCCCUUGACGUGCGCCACUUUCGCCGGUUACUUCCUCGCCCGGAAGCAGUUCCCCAAUGUCGACUCCCUUGCUCACAAGGCUAUUCAGUACACCGAUGUCAACGCUAUUGCUAGUGACGGUUGGUACCUUCUUGCUCGAAAGGAGCAUUAUGAGGGGAAUCUGGAUAAGGCGAGUGACUAUUACAGACGUGCUGAUGAUGCCAGAGGUGGUGUCGAGCGUGGCUACCUGCCAGCCAAGUUUGGCCUCGCCCAGCUUUCCGUGCUCAGAAAUGAUCUCGGAGAGGCGAAGUUGCGUCUGGAAAAGAUGAUUCAACAGUCCAAGAACCUGGAGGCUAUGAUUCUUCUCGGCACUCUGUAUGCCGAGGAGGUAUUUGCUAACCAAACAGCGGCCAUCAAGGAAGACAAGACUGCCGAGACCAAGAAGGCGCUCACCUACCUCGAGGCGGUCCGGACCGCAUGGAAAGACCCCAAGAAGGGCAUGCUCCCGGAUGCCGCUGUGUUGCUCAAUUUGGCGAGGUUGUACGAGACUGAGUUCCCAGAUCGUGCCCUACAGUGCCUCCAGCAGGUUGAGCAGUUGGAGAUUGAUCAGGUGCCAAAGUCCGAGUAUCCCGCCGACGCAGAAGACCAGGCCGUGAUCCGGUCAGCAAUCCGCAAGCACCUUCCUCCUCAGCUGCUCAAUAACAUUGGCUGCUUUUAUUCUCAGGAUGGCAAGCACCAGCUCGCCACCGAGUACUUCCAAGCGGCCCUCGACUCCUGCGCCCGCAUCAGUAGCCUGAACGACACUGAGGUGGACACCGAUGCUCUUCUUACCACCAUCUCUUUCAACCUUGGCAGGAGCUACGAGUAUGAAGGGGAUGUCGAUAAGGCUAUCGAAACUUACGAGCGCCUUCUGAGCAGGCACAGCAACUACACGGAUGCCCGCGCCAGGCUUGCGUACAUCAAGCUUCGCAAGAACCCCAACAAGGAGGGUCCCGAUGCCGUUGCGAAGCUCUACCAGGACAACCCGUCGGAUCUUGAAGUCCGCGCCCUCUAUGGUUGGUUCCUCGGCAAGCUCAGUGCCAAAAAGAGACCCGCCAACAUCAACGAGGACCCCGAGCACCGCCACUACAAGCACACGCUACAAAACUACGACAAGCACGACCGCUAUGCUCUUGUUGGAAUGGGCAACUUGCUGUUGGGAUCCGCCAGAGAAAUGCGCCGCGAGAGCGAACAGGACAGGCAGAAGCGUAGCAGUAUGUACAGCCGCGCGGUUGAAUUCUUCGACAAGGCCCUGCAGCUCGAGCCUAAGAAUGCGUACGCAGCUCAGGGUGUUGCCAUCGCGUUGGUUGAGGACAAGAAGGAUGCCAAGACUGCGUUGCAGGCGUUCCUCAAGGUGAAAGAGACAGUUCAGGAUGCCCACGUCUUCGUCAAUCUCGGGCACAUAUACACCGAACUUGGGCAGUUUAGCAAAGCGAUUGAGAGCUACGAGAUUGCGCUUAGCAAGGAGGGCAAGGCGAACGAUGCGGGCAUCUUGUCCUGCUUGGGAAGGACUUGGUUGAACAAGGCGAGGACGGAUAAGAAGUUUAUUGAGCAUUACAACAUGGCGUUGGAGUACGCUCAGAAGGCCCUCAAGGUCGCCCCUGAGCAAGCCCACUUCAAGUUCAACGUUGCUUAUGUUCAGAUCAUGCUCGCCGACACCCUCCGGCAAUUCGCCUCCCAAGACCGCAACUCCUUCCAGCUCGAGCAAGCAGCUGAGGGUCUGGAGCAAGCGAUCAAGACGCUCGAUGAGAUCGCUGCCGGACCUAACCCCCCCUAUCCCAAGCACGAUAUUGAGCAGAGAGCCAACAUGGCGCGCAACACUGUGCGCAACCAGCUCAACCGUGCCCUCCAAGCGCAGAAGGAGUACGAAGCUAAGAACAAGGAAAAGCGCGACGCCGCCAUCCAGCAGCGCCAGGCCGAGCUCCGUCGCAAGGAGGAGGAGAGGAGGAAGGCCGAGGAAGCGGAGAGGCUUAGGCAGGAGAAGAUCAGGAAGGAGCGUGAGGAGAUUGCGGCGAGGGAUAGGAUUUUGGCGGAGCAGAGGGCGGAGGAGGAAAAGGCCAGGAUGGAGGCCGAGUUGACUACUGAUAGUGAGACUGGAGAGAAAGUCAAGAGGAAAAAGAGGUCUGGCGGUGGAGGCGGGGAGAGGGCGAGGAGGGAGAGGUCUGGGGAGCCGUCGACGCAGAGGCCUAGGAAGGGGAGGGCGGAGAAGAAGAAAAAGGGGUCGAGGAGGAGGGAUGAGACGGGGGAUGAGGAGAGCGAUGCUGGUGAGGGUGGGGUGAGGGCGCCACCGAAGAAGAGGGUCAGGCUGGCCAGUAGGAAGGAGGCGGAGAAGGGUGGGAAGUAUAAGAGUGCGGAGAUUGUGGUGGACUCGUCUGAUGAGGGAGGGGGGGGUUAUAACGGGGAGGAGGAUCCGCUUGAGAGGACGGAGAGGAAGAUGGACCGGAAUUCGAAGCGCUCAUCGAGGUCUGAGGACCGGUCUUCGGGUACUGAGGAUGAGGAGGAUACUUAUAGGAGGGGGGCGAAUACUAGGCGGCAGAGGAGUGAGGGGAGUGAUGAUGAGGGAGAUAGGAUGGCGGUUGAUCGGGAGAGUAGUCCCCAGAUUAGGGAUGAUGAUGAGGAGGAAGAGACGGUUACGAGACGGCAGGCGAAGAGGAGCAGGCGGGCUGGACGGGUGGUGGAUAGUGAUGAGGAGGAAGAGGAUGAGGGCGGUGCUGGUGAGGGAGGGGGUGAGAAGGAGGAGGAGCAGCGUGAGGAUAAGGCGGAUGUCAGCAUGGCUGAUGCCGGUGAUGAUGAUGAGGAGUGAGCAUAUUUUGCGCCAUGAGUUAUUUGCUUGUGUUGGGAUAGUAAAAUCAAGAGAAAGGGAAAACAGGUG